UUCUGCUCCAGCUCCGCUCAGCAACGCAGCGUUUCACAAGGAGAGCUAGGAGGCGCUGUCAUUCACAUAUACGAGGUUCAAAAUCGACUAGAUUGUGCUUUGAGAUUGGAAGGCUUCGUGCAAUGUCAGCCAUCCUGAGCGCCCUUCGCCGCAGCUCCUGCCAGGGCUUUAAGCAAACCCAUUGUCCUCCUAGGCAGAGCCGCCACUACAGAAAGUGUGUCAUGUUUCAGCAGCUUGCAGGCACGUCUGAUUUGAGCACCAGCAGAAGUGAUGUGAGGAGGGGCACUCAAACUAGAGCGGUGGCAAAGUCUAAAGUGCUAGUGAUUUCAGGCCCCACAGCAGUUGGAAAGUCUGCCCUGGCGCUGGAGUUGGCGCAGCGGUUGGGAGGGGAGAUCAUCAGCUGUGACUCAGUCCAGGUCUACCGAGGCUUGGACGUCGGGAGCGCCAAGACCCCCACCUCCGAGCGCGGGGGGAUCCCCCACCAUUUGCUCGACAUCAAGGAGCCAAGCGAAGAGUACACGGCCGGAGACUUCUACCAGGAUGCGAGGAGAGCCACCGAGGAAGUACUGGCGCGGGGAAAGCUCCCGGUGGUCGUUGGCGGAACUGGGUUAUACCUGCGAUGGUUUAUCCACGGCACGCCCGAGACGCCAAAGGCCUCCCCCGAGCUGGUCGCCGAAAUUGAGACCAGAAUUCAAGUGUUUCAGCAACAAUCGGACGGCUGGCAAGCGGCCGUCGCGUACCUGACAGAAUCCGGCGAUCCGCAGACGGGGGCGGAACUGGCGCCCAACGACUGGUAUAGAAUGAGGCGCGCGCUCGAAAUUGUCCUGGCGUCCGGGAAGCCCAGGUCCGAGUUCCAGCUCAACUUCGUCAAGGCGCCGCACCAGCCGCCGUCCAAGAAGGCGAAGCGGAAGCGCGCUGGGGUGGUACCGUCUAAUGGCAUCACGGAUUCGGAGCCAGAUUUAAAGGGUGCUUCUGGUCAUGACAGAAACGAGAACGCAAACCUCGACAUCCCAGAUCCCAAGAAUCCAACGGCAGAUGAGCCCCAAAACGGAAGCACCUCCCUUCAAAGUCAUCCCUCAGAACCCUUUUUGUCUGCCUCCACGUCUUCUGCAAGCUUUCACGCGCAAGAUUCACCCGAAGACGGCCCAGUAAGCCCUCUAAACGAAACCCCCUCCGACGACGAAACUCUUGCGACCUCGCUAACCCAAACCCCUUCCACACAAACUCCCGAAAACCCCUCCGAGAACGAAACCCUGGUAGCCUCGGUAACCCAAACCCCUUCCGCGCAAACCCCCGGAAACCCAGUAGCGUCGCUAACCCAAAACCCCAAAACCCCCGCCCCGAGCGGCCGCGAGCUCGACUACGACUUCCGGUGCUACUUCCUGUUCGGCCCCCGGCGGGAACUCUAUAGGAAAAUCGACGAGAGGUGCGAGCAGAUGGUGAAGGGCGGACUUUUAGAGGAGGCGUCGCAGCUUUUGGACACGGGCAUACGCGCGGACACGUGCAUGCCGUCGCGGGCCAUAGGGUAUCGGCAGGCGCUGGAGUAUCUGGAGGAGUGCCGAAAGGGAGAGGGGGGCGGCAGGGAGCGGUUCCUGCGAUUCCUGGACGAGAUUCAGCAGGCGUCGCGGAGGUACGCGAAGCGCCAGCUGACGUGGUUCCGCUCCGAGGGCUCUUUCCUGUGGCUCGACGCCUCGAGAUCGACGGCCGAGCUCGCGGAUAGAGUCAGUACGGAGCUGGCCGCCGAAAGCAGCAGUCUCGACGCGAUGAAGGGACUGAUUCCCGACAGCUGGCUGAGCAGGGAGCAAGAGCGCGAGUUGAAAACGUACAAGAGCGAAAGAAAGAUUUUCAACAAGGAAGAAGCGAUUCGUCGAGUGCUGGCGUGGGUUGAGAGUACGCAGCGAGGUAGAAAGUUGGAAGCAGAAGACGUGCAGUCGAAACGCUUGGUCGGAAGCAGAGUCCCUUGAGAUGUCGAGCAGCGAUAGCGAAAGCCCGGCAGACUCGUUUCGAGAACGGAUCCGCAACGCUUGCCGUACAGGCCAAGCUUUCUUUGAAUUGAUCUCAAUGCUACGGGGACCUCUGGGGGAGCCUUACAAUCCGAAAAAAGAUGUGAGAAUCUCAUGCAGGUCGAUGGCAGAGAGACCUAGCGUUGUGCCGCUUAAGUCAUUUCAAGUUUGCAACUUCAUAUCCAUGGGCAUAUACUUGGUUGGUUUCGUG